UGAUGUCACGCAGGGGAAAGGCUGUAUUGGCCUAACACAAAAGGCUAUACUUACGGAACUUUCUUUGCAUUUAUGUUGCGUUUUAAAGAUAGCAAAUUCAAUUGAAACUAAAAAUACAAUGGAUCCGACCGAGGAAACAAGAACUGAUUUUCCACGAUGGGCCUAUGCUAUUAUAUGUCUUGUUAUUCUAUUUGUAAUUCUCAUAAUAUGGUAUAUUUGGAUAUACAGGGACAGCUUCUGGUCAUGUCUGUACAUGAAUCGGGGCACGGAAGACAGCAUCAUUAUACCAUUGCCACAAGAAGGUCCUGAGCAAAAUUUGCAUCGCGCUUCAUCAAGUGGAAUUAAUCUUUCUGCAGAGAAUCGAAAUCGAGUUAAGAAAAUAGAACAACAGAUUACAAAAAGAACUUCAAAUGUAAAUGAAGAUUUAGAAGUUGAUAGCCUAUAUGCUUGUCAUAAUGCUGCAAUAGUAGAAGAACAUGAAGACAAUGCUGGAGAGAGCGACGCUGGUAGUGUAUCGAAUGUUUCAGAUGACAUUGAAUUUGAGAGUUUACUUUCAAAAGCUAAAGCAUGGCAUGCUGAAUUACUAGAACGGGGCGCGUGGCGAGACGCUUGUUAUACGUCGAACAGAUUCAUUGCUGGUUUAUUUGAUAAGGAUGGGGGAAUGCUACGUAUGGAAAAUAUGGGGAUACGAUUACUGAUCCCUCCAGGAGCAAUUGGAGGAGGAGUUGAGCUUAUAUACAUAUACGUCGCUACAGAGCAGAUAGGUAUACCUCUAACUGAACCUGGUAAGAUACGAGCAUCUCCGACAGUGUUUUGUGGGCCGCAUGGCAUGCAGUUUCUUGAGCGUGUCGUACUUUCGUAUGAACACUGUGCUAACAUCCACGAUGAAGGUACCAACUUGCUUCCGAUGUUCACGUCGUCUUUGCCAAGUAAAGAAAUGCACUUUACAAAUCUAGAAGAAGAAGACGAUGUUCUUGUCAUCAAAAGAGAUGGAAGGUGUUCGAUAAUGAUAUCACAUUUUACAGGGUUUUCAAGCAUUGCUACGUCGGCAAAUCCAGACCAAUCGUUGGAGAUAUUCAUGAAUUUAGUUGUGUAUUCCUCGUUUUUGCAUCAUUCUAGCACCGACAUGAUAUUAAGACUGUAUUUCGUUCAUAAAACUGCAGAUGCGUUGCACAACGUUUUCUGUGAGGAAGAAAGCUUAGAGGGCAUCAAGCUAACGCCGUUUACUCCCUGGUUAAUCGAUACAAAUGGAAAGUCCAUUACGCGUAAUGUAUUGUAA